AUGGAGCAACUGGACCUGGAUACAGAUCGGGCCUGGAAGGGAAGACAGGCCACCAGCAGCCUGUCCCUCCUCCCAGGAGUCCCUUGUCAGGUAGAUUCAGUCCUGGCAGAGGAGCCAGGAGAGGCCCAGACUCCUGGUGAGAACCCCCAGCGGCCACUGCCCACUGAGCUGUGGAGCCCGGUCCUCGGCCUUCGGCCUGGCCCCGGCUCCUUCCCUUCCCACUUCUCUCGAGCCCCCUCUCCGCCUCCUCCCACGAGCCCAGUUCCUCGCCGGCCUCCCCUGCAGACCCUUCAGAGCACAGCAGCUCACAACCCCUCUGGCCCAGCACUGCUCUCAGCUCCCGGGCCCAGGACCGAUGCCCCAUCCCCCGGCGCUUCCGACCCUCGAGCCCCCAGCCGCAGCUUCGUCUCCUGGCUCUCACCCCGUCGGCCCUCCACUCGGCGCCCCCGCCCCCUGAUCCAACCUUUCUGCCUCCCCCCGUCCGAUCUCUCCCGCCCCCCGCCCGUCUCCGCCGCAGCCCCCCCUCCCGUACCUGUUUCUGGGGGUGCUGGGAGCUGGAGGGGUGGGGAUCCGACCCCCGAAGCCGCCCCGUCUGCGGCGGGUGUCAGAGUCGGGGCUGAUGGUGUCGGCCGCCUCGCGCCUCUCCGGUUCCCCGCCGCGUCCCCGCCCGCCCCGCCGCGGCGCUGCUCCGAGGAAUAUGCUCGCGAGUCAGACCGGCUGCUCCCGCCGCCGCAUCCCUGCAACACCGACUGA